AUGGAUUACACCAAGGUGAAGCUCGCGCUGCUGCAGAGGUUCCGAUAUACCAAAGAAGGUUAUCGUGAGAAAUUUCGUGAUGCGAAACCGGGAGACGGAGAAACUAGACGACAGUUUGCGGCGAGGUUGGCCGGAUAUUUUGAUAGAUGGUUGGAAGUUGCUGAGGUGGAGAAGAGCUUCGUGGCGCUACGAGAGACGAUGCUCAUCGAACAGUUUAUUAAAACAUGUUCCAGCAAGCUAACCGUGUUCUUGAAAGAAAGGGACUGCACGACGCUAGACGAUCUGGCAGGAAAGGCUGACGUAUUUUUAGAGGCUCAAGUUCAACCGAGCUAUGAAAAAGCGAAAGGAGACGAACGUGAGUUUAAUGCCAGCAUGAGGACAUCCGGUAACGCGCUCAAGGAGGAUGUAAGGAGAACUCUCCGAUGUUUCUUGUGUAACAAGAUAGGGCACAAGGCAGAGAACUGCCAGAGUCGAAGCAAAUACUCUAGACCAUCUACGUGUUGGCACUGUGGGAAGCCGGGGCAUAAAGCUGAAAGAUGCAACCUGAGGUCUGGGGAUAAGACCCAAGUUUCUUGUCUAUGGACAGCAUCGGAUGAAAGGCAAGGGGAACCGGACGAUUCCUACAUAACCCUCAAGAAUGGAGGCAGGAUCCCAGUUGUAAAUGCGGCUGUUGGACGAGCACCCAAGUUCUUGGUGGAUAACAUGCCUGUAGUUGAAGCUUUCUUCGUUGGAAAAGUUAUCGCAAAAUGUAUCGACAACCCACUGUACGAUUUAGUUCUCGGCAACAUCCCCCAGGCAAAAGAGGCACACGAGCCGGACCUGGCCUGGAAUUGCGACCAACAGAGCAGCAACGAAAUUCCACCGCGGACCGAGCAUCUGGGUUGCGAGGACAUGGAAGAGCGGAGAAUCGAGAUGAACAGAGCUGAUUCAUCACGACGCGUCCCAAGUAACCACUCUACGAUGCUACAUGUCAACGUCGCCGGACUUGGACAGGCGAAGAACGGUAGCAAUAGAGGACAGGCACCCUUGAACGUACCACAGGUUCCAAUCCUUGAAACGACAGCAGAGGAGCUCUCGAAGGAGCAGAGGAAUGACUCAUCCCUGAAGAAGUGCUUCGACAACGUAGGAAAGGUGAUAAGGAAACACAAAUGCCGGACAAGAUAUGACAUGGUGAUUCGAAACAACUUGCUUUUCCGAAGCUGCGUGUUCGCCACUGGGAGAAGCAUUGAGCAAUUAGUGCUCCCAACGAGAUACAGGCCAACUGUGUUGUCAAUGGCACACGAUGGCAUCAUGUCUGGGCAUCAAGGUGUGAAGAAUACGCUUGCAUUGGCGACAGAAGAGUUCUUCUGGCCCGGAAUUCAGAGCGACAUCAAGUGGUAUGUUCGCUCAUGCGACGUCUGCCAACGAACAGUGCCAAAAGGAAGAGUGGGCAAAGCAACUCUGGGGACCUUGCCUACAAUCGACACACCAUUCAAGCGAGUGGCAGUAGAUAUCAUCGGGCCAGUUAGACCAACAGCAAGUUCGGGCAACCGAUAUAUUUUGACGAUGGUGGACAUGGCCACAAGGUACCCGGACGCUGUCCCCUUGAGGAACAUUGGGACAGAGCAAGUGGCAGAAGCGCUCUUAGAGAUGUUUUCCAGGUACGGCAUUCCAUCAGAGGUCCUUAGCGAUCGAGGCUCCUGCUUCACCUCAGAUCUCAUGAAGGAGGUGAGCAAACUUCUUUCGGUGAAGCGCCUACUGACCACCCCUUACCACCCGAUGGCGAAUGGACUGGUUGAGAGAUUUAACGGAACCAUCAAACAGAUGAUGAAACGAAUGUGUCAGGAAAGGCCCAAAGACUGGGAUAGGUACCUUCCGGCAUUGCUGUUUGCCUACAGAGAAGUCCCGCAAGCAAGCCUGAAGUUCUCACCUUUUGAGUUGCUCUAUGGGAGGAAGGUGCGCGGACCGUUGACCAUCCUCAAGGAGAUAUGGUCCAACGAGUCUCUCAAAGCUGACCUCAAGACGACCUACGCCCAUGUCCUAGAAUUAAGAAAUAAACUGGAAGGGUCAUGCGAGUUGGCUCACCAUUGUUUGGAAGAAGCCAAGGGCAAGUACAAAAAAUACUACGACAAGAAGACCGUCACCCGCCAACUGAGACCAGGGGACUUGGUUCUCAUCCUGCUUCCAAGCGAUCAUAAUAAACUGAUCAUGCAAUGGAAGGGACCCUUUGAAGUCUCAAGUAGGAGGAAUGAAGUCGACUACGAGCUUGAUGUGGGCGGAAGAAAGUAUUCCACGUGA